AUAACUAGAUCUUCAUGUAAAUUGAGGACUAUUCUGUUCAUAUGUGUGUUUGUGUUCGUAUUAGUUCAACUAGUUUCUACAGAAAGAGCCACAAGAAGAAGACUGCGUAGGCCUACGAAAUCAUCGCCUGCAUCCGUAUCCGUAUCCAAAGACCAAGAUGUAUCUUCCAGCAUCACAAAAUUGAGAAGAACGAGGCCGCACCACAGGAAAGCAUCAGAAAACUCGCUGACUUCCUCUACCAAAGAAAAAGAUGGCAACAAGGUGGUGUGUUACUACACGAAUUGGUCGCAGUACAGGGUCAAAAUCGGGAAAUUCACCCCGGAAGACAUCCUGCCUGAUUUGUGUACGCAUAUCAUUUUCUCCUUCGGUUGGUUGAAGAAAGGGAAACUGUCUUCUUUCGAAAGCAAUGACGAAACCAAGGAUGGAAAGCCUGGAUUGUACGAAAGGAUCCAGAAGCUGAAGAAAGGCAAUCCCAGUUUGAAAACACUCCUUGCCAUAGGAGGUUGGUCUUUCGGAACUCAAAAAUUCAAAGACAUGGCUACGUCUAGGUAUACUCGUCAAACAUUCAUCUACAGUGCUAUACCAUUCCUGAGGCAGAGAGGAUUCGAUGGUUUAGAUAUCGAUUGGGAGUAUCCUGGAUCUUCUGAUAAGAAGAAUUAUGUUCUCCUUCUGAAAGAGCUACGCGAAGCCUUCGAAGCCGAAUCCCAAGAGAUCAAAAAACCCCGCCUGCUCCUCACCGCUGCCGUGCCCGUCGGCCCGGACAACAUCAAAGCAGGCUACGACGUGCCGGCCGUGGCCUCCUACCUCGACUUCAUCAACCUCAUGGCGUACGACUUCCACGGCAAGUGGGAGCGCGAGACCGGCCACAACGCGCCCCUUCACUCCCCCUCCUCCGACAGCCAGUACCAGAAACAGCUGAACGUCGCCCACGCGGCCGCGCUGUGGGUGCAGCUGGGCGCGCCCAAGGAAAAGAUGGUGAUCGGCAUGCCAACCUAUGGGCGCAGCUUCACGCUGGCCAAUCCGGAAAACAAGCACGGGGUACACGCGCCCGCCAGCGGCGGCGGCAAAGAGGGGGCGUACAGCAAGGAGUCGGGCUUCCUCGCUUAUUACGAGGUUUGCGAAAUGCUGUUGAAUGGGGCAACGUACUACUGGGACGAAGAAAUGAAAGUUCCAUAUCUUGUGCAUGGAGAUCAAUGGGUAGGUUUUGACGACGAAAAAUCUAUAAGGUACAAGAUGAAGUGGAUAAAGAGCAAUGGUUACGCUGGAGCCAUGGUAUGGACAGUCGAUAUGGACGAUUUCACUGGAACUGUGUGUGGAGGAGAGGUUAAAUAUCCUCUUAUUGGUGCCAUGAGGGAGGAACUAAGGGGUAUCUCGAGAGGAAAAGAUGCCAAAGAUGUGGAUUGGCAGGAGAUAGCAGGAGCGACAGAAGACGAAGAUGACGAUGAAGAUGAAGAAACCAUAGAAAAACCUAAGCCUAUGAAAAUAUCAGUAUCCGAAGUCUUGAAGAGAGCUGGUAAACCCAAGAAAGGAUUGGCGAAAAGAGUCAACAAAAACAUUCGUAAACCACAAGUGUUCUGCUAUUUAACAAGCUGGUCUAUCAAGCGACCAGGCUCUGGCAAAUUCACCCCCGAGGACAUCAACCCUGCUCUCUGUACUCAUCUCAUCUACGCAUUUGCCACCUUGAAGGAACACAAAUUGGCUGAGGCCAGCGACAAAGAUCCAGACAUGUAUGAUAGACUUAUUGCCUUGAGAGAAAAGACUCCAGAUCUGAAAAUUCUUCUGGCGAUUGGUGGUUGGGCCUUCGGAUCGACGCCUUUCAAAGAACUCACUGGUAAUACCUUCAGAAUGAACCAAUUUGUGUACGAUGCCAUAGAAUUCUUGAGAGAAUUCAAAUUCAACGGUUUGGAUGUCGACUGGGAAUACCCUAGAGGUGCUGAUGAUAGAGCUGCAUACGUCAAUCUUCUCAAGGAGUUGAGAUUAGCCUUUGAAGGUGAGGCUAAGAGUAGUAAUGAACCAAGACUUCUGCUGACCGCUGCUGUGCCAGCUUCGUUCGAGGCUAUUGCUGCUGGUUACGACGUACCUGAAAUUGCCAAAUACCUCGAUUUCAUCAAUGUUAUGACGUACGACUUCCAUGGCCAGUGGGAAAGGACAGUCGGCCACAACGCACCUCUAUUUCCAUUGGAAAGUGCGACGAAACAUCAGAAAAAAUUGACAGUGGACUACUCAGCCCGCGAAUGGGUGCGCCAGGGUGCCCCUAAGGAGAAGCUUAUGAUCGGCAUGCCCACGUACGGGCGCAGCUUCGAGCUAGUCAACACUACCCAGUUCGACAUCGGCGCCCCGGCCAGCGGGGGAGGCGUGGCGGGGAAGUACACCAGCGAGGCGGGCUUCAUGAGCUACUACGAGAUCUGCGACUUUCUGCACGAGGACAACACGACCUUGGUGUGGGACAACGAGCAGCAGGUGCCGUUCGCGUAUCGCGACAAUCAGUGGGUCGGGUUCGAUGAUGAGAGGAGUUUGAAGACAAAGAUGGCUUGGUUGAAAGAAGAAGGCUUCGGAGGGAUAAUGAUUUGGUCUGUGGACAUGGACGACUUCAGAGGAAGUUGCGGUAGUGGAAAAUAUCCUCUCAUCAAUGCCAUGAGGCAAGAACUAGAAGGUUACAAAGUCAAGUUAGAAUACAAUGGUCCAUACGAGUCGAGUAUAUCCACAGGACAAUACACCACCAAAAAUCCACACGAAGUCACUUGUGAAGAGGAAGAAGGCCAUAUCAGCUACCAUCCCGACAAGGCAGACUGCAAGAUGUACUACAUGUGCGAAGGAGAGAGAAAACAUCACAUGCCUUGUCCUGCAAACUUAGUCUUCAAUCCCGACCAGAACGUUUGCGAUUGGCCGGAGAACGUAGCUAGUUGUUCUCAGUUCACACCGGCGCCUCCGCCAAGUUAA